CAGCCACCCAGUCGCCCGCGCGCCCGGGGCGCAGGUUGGACAUCUUGAAAAUUAAUUCCACAUCAACCAGCCCCACUUGCAAGUGACCUAAACCGCCUCCUUCUGUCCUACCUGCAGGGACUUUUGCCAGAAGCAGUGGGCAUAACGGCCUCGUCCUUUGUCAUUGCCACCCUUGGCGGGAUCCGAGGCCAGUGACAACCAUGCCUCCACCCCGCGCCAGUCGCCCUGUGCUCUCUGUGCUAAUCCGCGGCGUGGGUGCCCUUGGGACCCCAGAGGACUGACUGUCUGACCUUGCUUCCCACACUCAACCGCAACUCCCCACCCCCCCAAGAUGUCGCUCGAGUGGCUGGUGGUCUGGAGCUGGUCGCUGGAUGGCCUGAGGGACUGCAUCGCCACCGGCAUCCAGUCCGUGCGGGACUGCGAUACCACCGCCGUGGUCACCGUGGCCUGCCUGCUGGUCCUGUUCGUGUGGUACUGUUACCACGUGGGCAGGGAGCAGCCCCGGCCCUAUGUCUCCGUGAACUCCCUCAUCCAGGGGACUGAUGCCAACGGGCUGCAGAACGGGUACGUGUACUGCCAGUCCCCUGAGUGCGUGCGCUGCACCCCCAACGAAGGCCUCAACCAGAAACUCUACCACAACCUGCAGGAGUACGCCAAGCGGUACUCCUGGUCCGGCAUGGGCCGCAUCCACAAGGGCAUCCGCGAGCAGGGCCGCUACCUCAACAGCCGGCCCUCCAUCCAGAAGCCCGAAGUCUUCUUCCUGCCCGACCUCCCCACCACGCCGUACUUUUCCCGCGAUGCGCAGAAACACGACGUGGAGUUGCUGGAACGUAACUUCCAGACCAUCCUGUGCGAGUUUGAGGCUCUCUACAAAGCUUUCUCAAACUGCAGCCUCCCCCAAGGCUGGAAAAUGAACAGCACCCCCAGCGGGGAGUGGGUCACCUUUUACUUGGUCAAUCAGGGGGUUUGCGUUCCCAGGAACUGCAGGAAGUGCCCACGGACGUACCGCUUGCUCGGAAGCCUUCGGACCUGUAUUGGGAACAAUGUUUUUGGGAACGCCUGCAUCUCCGUGCUGAGCCCCGGGACUGUGAUAACGGAGCACUAUGGACCCACCAACAUCCGCAUCCGAUGCCACUUAGGUCUGAAAACUCCAAGUGGCUGUGAGCUGGUGGUGGGGGGGGAGCCCCAGUGUUGGGCAGAAGGACGCUGCCUACUCUUUGAUGAUUCUUUUCUGCACACUGCAUUCCAUGAGGGUUCAGUGGAGGAUGGGCCACGGGUGGUUUUCAUGGUGGAUUUGUGGCAUCCAAACGUGGCAGCAGCUGAAAGGCAGGCCCUGGAUUUCAUCUUUGCCCCAGGACGAUGAGGACACUUCUGUGCUGCAGUUGUGCUCCGAAAUAGAAGAACCAAAUGGUUAUUGUCUGAAUGUAACAACAUAAAACUUCUUGUGGUCAUCUUAAGAGUAAAAAACAACAAAACAAACUCAGACCAGAGAGCUGGGGAGCGUCUGCAGUCCCCGCAUCCAGCCCACUACACUGUCGGGGUGCAUGUGGUUGGGGCAGUGCACACGGGGACACUGGCCACCCCACCCGACACACCCCUGAUGGCAGCACAGGGCUGGUGGGACUGGAGGUUUUUCUGUAAACACCACUCUUCUGCAGAGCCGGGGCUCCCUCGGAUCAGCUGCAGAAUGUGUGGUUCGCUGACCUCACUGCCUACAGAAGCCUACUGCCAAGCCAGCGUGGAAAAUGUCCGGUGUUAGCUGUUCGGAGUCCACGGCGAUGAAGGAUUUUAGACCCCCAGGCUGGUGGAGAAACUGUGGCGGGAGAAACCCUGACUCCAGGGAUCCAGCGACGCUCUGGGCAGGCCCCUCUGGCAAAACUGGAAUCGCACAUCUCAGCAAGUGACUGUUAAUGCUUUGGAGUUCUGUUGCCGAUGAUUUUCCAUUUAUUUGUCCGUACAUCAGUGUUCAAACUCUGGACUCGGAGAGUGGAAGUGUCAGCCCUGUGUCCUUGUCGUCGCAUGGCCCGUGCCCAGUGGUGGCCGCCUGAGCCGGUGUGUGUGAGUGAGACACCGCGAAGACCUGCGGACCCAGAGCAGCCGCCACCCAGAGCAGGCUUCUGGGCGGGCCAUGGCCAGCUUGAGGUAUUAAUUCUAGAAACAUCCUCCUGUUAGCUGAGUUGUGAAAGAGUAGUCUGUAGCCUUAGUAGAGACACACUGUUUUUGAAUAAGGUAUGACAGGCAGCACCAGAUUCUGAAGCCACGCAUGUGGCACACGCAGCCUGUCACGUGGGCAGGUCCCGUGUUGAUCCCUGGUGGGAACGGGCAGCUUCCGUGAGGGACACCUGUUAAGCCAAUGUCGCUUGAAUGCGCUCAGAGUUACGAGCAAGUGUCACUGAGAAUGUGUCUACAUUUGAGUAGAAUUUCUACACGCAUAUUUUUCAGUGAUUAGACCGCAGGAAAGGGCAGAAAUUUCAAACGCACCUGAACUCUUUUUACUCAUUAAGUACCUUGUUAAGAAUCACUGCGGUGCAUGAUUUCUAUACAUACUGACUGCUCUACGUUUACAAAGCCAACAGUCCACACAGGUCCCUGGCUGCCUGUCCUCACGAGACGUGGCUGGGGGGCAGGAGAUAAAUAAAGGAUCUUGCUGAAACCCAGAGCCAAGUGGUCAGGUGUCUGUGGGAGAGAAGGUGUGACGCGGGCGGCAGCCCUGAGAGGUGAUCGUACGCGUGUGAGGCUCUCGGCCUUUGGAUCCUGCCCCAGAGAUGGUGGGGCCCUAAAAGUGAAUGAAGCCAAACAUACUUCUUGAAAGUAUGUGGGUGGGGUGGGAGAAGGAAAAGCAGAUCUAUGGAAUGUUGAGAAACUGCAGAUGUCAACCUGGGUGAAGACUAAGGACCGUGGCUUCAGAAAAACUGAGGAUUAGGGACUCAGCACCAGGACCUGCUCCUGGUGGCCAUCAGCAAGUGGUGGAGCCUCUGGGCCCCUCAGCCUCUGUAGAGAUGGCCUGGCAUCUAAAGCGUCGGUGCUGGGCCCCUUUCUGCCCUCGCAGUGGUUCUCAGCAGUUCUAGAGAAGCAAGUAAGAAGGAUGGAUAGGCUUGGAGGGGUGGAUAAACACCGGACAGCAGUAGAGGUGACCAAGAGUCAGGUGACCCUUUUGAUGGCCUGUGACAAACUACAAGGGGAGAGGCAGUUCCCUUAGCUACAUUUGGAAUCUUUUCCCUUUGUUUUAGAAGCGGGACGGGUGACUGGUGGCCGGGAGCAAUGGCUGCCUGCCGGGUGUUUUCACUUCCGGCCCACAGUCUAGGCCUGGCUGUCCCAGCCAAGUGGGAGGGGACAGCCCCACUCGCCCAGCAGACGUCUCACACACUGCAGUGUGCAUUGCCAACUCCGCAGUUGCUAAAGUAAUUUACAUGCUACAGCGAGGGAUGGUUGAGGUGAGAAAGGGGAGCCAGCACUCCUGCCCGGCUACAAGUGAGAAUCCCCACCUCCACCCUAGGCCAGCAGCCCCAGCCCUGGGACUCGCUUGGGUCACAGCCCAGGCCUCCCAGACUCUUCUGCGUGGUCUGGUCUCUGAGUCCUUCAGUGGUAUUGUUUUUUCAUUCAAAUUCUUUAACCUGUGUUUACACAUUGUAUGAAUAUUCGUAUUGCAAGGCAUUCCAUUCAUAAAUACUACAGAAUGAGCAAAACUUCACACACACACUCCCCAAAGUCUAUACCAGAUUUGGUCACUUGACUCAAAUCAUUAAAAUAAUGAAAAUUGCAUCAUCGCUCUUUUAAAGUGAUAAAUGGCAGUCUGAGCAAUUGGGGAAGAUAUUCUUCCACAGGUACAAC